CUGUCCGACGAGGAUGCAAUGGACAGGCUCAAGAAUAGGAAGAGAUCAGCUGCUUCUUCUGGGCAGUCUCAGAUUGAAAGAGUUCCUCGCAAGAACCUACGCUCAUCCUCCAUCCCAACCACCAUUGACAUCACGACUGAUUCUCCUAGGGAUGAGGUCCUUGUGAGCUUUCCUGCUGACUUUCUAGCUGAAGAAGGUCUAGAAGGUGGGAUCUGGCCUGCAGCUGACAAGCUCGUAUUCCCAGCUGCACAAAAGAGGUUAAAGGGACAGGACCCUGAGGUCAUCCUGAACCAUGCUGUCCAGCUAUCCCUACAGCUUUCCCAGAGUUGCAUAGCUGCCAGGGACAGCUUGCGGACUGUUGCUACCCUACAGGAUAAGGUGGCUCGUCUGCAAAAGGACAAUUUGAGCCACCAAGCUAAGCUGGAGAGGGAGAAACAGUCUCGGCUGGAUGCUGAGAGCAAGUUAGCUGCUGAGCAAAAAUUAAUGGAGAAAGAGAGGCUGGAAAAAGAUGAGAAGAUAGCUGAGGCGGAGAGGAAAAUGCACGCCUGGCUGCAGCUGUAAGAGAAGCUGAGGAGAGGGCUUUAGACAUCCAAGCUGAAGCAAAAAUUAUCGAAACUGCGAAGCUAGCUUUCCUGAUUAAGUUCAAGAAGCUAGAUGACAAGGGUGUCAAUUUCUAUAUUGACAGAUUCCUCAAGCUGGAUUCUAUGACCGCUCUGGAAGCUUUAGCUACAGGUGGCAAAACAAAUGACUCGGAGAAGUCUACAGCUGAAUCCCCUCCUUCUCUCAACCAGCCAGAAGGUGCUGUUCUUGGUGACAAGGACAAGGUUGCUGGCGAUGACGCCAGCGUGAUCUCUUAAUUUCUUCAAUGCUUUCAUUAGCUUUUCUUUUGGAACAAUUUAGUUUUAAUUAGCUUGGAUACUUUUACCAUUGCCUAUGGGGGCAAUGUGUUUUUGUAAGAACAUAUUUUCUUUCAGCAAUUUAAUCGUUUGAACUUAUGUCUUUGCCUUUUGAUCUUAGCUAUUGAUACUUUGAUGAGUACUUAAGUUACA